AUGCUGUAUUCUCUGCUCCUUUGUGAAUGUCUGUGGCUUAUAACUGGUUAUGCUUCUGAUGAUGACUGGAUUGAUCCCACAGACAUGCUUAACUAUGAUGCUGCUUCAGGAACAAUGAGAAAAUCUCAGGUGAAAUAUGAUGUAUCAGAGAAAAAAGAUGUCAGUCCUGACUUGUCAUGUGCUGAUGAAUUGUCGGAAUGUUAUAGCAAACUUGAUUCUUUAACUCAUAAGAUCAGUGAGUGUGAAAAGAAAAAGAGGGAAGACUAUGAAAGUCAAAGCAAUCCUGUUUUUAGGAGAUACUUAAAUAAAAUUUUAAUUGAAGCCAGGAAGCUCGGACUUCCUGAAGAAAACAAAGGUGAUAUGCAUUAUGAUGCUGAGAUUAUCCUAAGAAGACAAACCUUGUUAGAAAUACAGAAGUUUCUCAGUGGAGAGGAUUGGAAGCCAGGAGCCUUGGAUGAUGCACUAAGUGAUAUUUUAAUUAAUUUUAAGCUUCAUGAUUUUGAAACAUGGAAGUGGCGAUUUGAAGACUCUUUUGGAGUGGAUCCGUAUAAUGUGUUGAUGGUGCUUCUGUGUCUGCUCUGCAUCGUGGCACUGGUGGCUACCGAGCUGUGGACCUAUGUGCAUUGGUACACCCAGCUGAGACGGGUUUUAUUCAUCAGUUUUCUUGUCAGUUUGGGAUGGAAUUGGAUGUAUUUAUAUAAGCUAGCCUUCGCACAGCAUCAGGCCGAGGUUGCCAAGAUGGAGCCGUUAAACAACGUGUGUGCUGAGAAGAUGGACUGGAUUGGAAGUCUCUGGGAAGUGUUUAGAAGUUCAUGGACCUAUAAGGAUGACCCAUGCCAAAAAUACUAUGAGCUCUUGUUAGUCAACCCUAUUUGGUUGGUCCCACCAACAAAGGCACUGGCAGUUACGUUCACCAACUUUGUCACGGAGCCAUUGAAACACAUUGGAAAAGGAGCUGGUGAAUUUAUUAAAGCGCUCAUGAAGGAGAUGCCAGUAUUACUUCACAUUCCCGUGCUGAUAAUUAUGGCACUGGCUGUCCUGAGUUUCUGCUAUGGUGCUGGAAAAUCAGUUAAUAUGCUGAGACAAAUAAGUGGUCCCGAGAGAGAACCACCCCGGGCACUUGAGCCAGGUGACAGAGGACGGCAGAAGGAAGUUGAUUAUAGACCCCAUGGUGGAGCAGGUGAUACAGAUUUCUAUUAUAGAGGCCCGAUCGGCCCCGUUGAGCAAGGCCCUUAUGACAAAACAUAUGAGGGUAGAAGAGAUGUUUUGAGACAGACAGAUGUUGACUUGAGACUUAAGACUGGCAACAAGAGCCCCGAAGUGCUCCGGGCAUGUGAUUUACCAGACGCAGAGGCGAGAGAGCAUCCCAAGGCGGUACCCAGUCAUAAAUUUCCUGUUUUGGAUGCAAAGCCCAAAGAGAUUGGAAUCCCAGGAGAAAGCACACUGCCAGAAAGCAGCACUGAAAGCAGCCAGUCCACUAAGCCUGUCGCUGGUGCAGAGACAUCAGAGAAGGCGGAAGGUACAUCUGCGGAGGAAAAGGGCCAGCUCAGGACCGAGGCCAGAGGCAGCCCAGAGGAAGGCGGUGGUGCAUCCAGCCCCGCCAGCUGUGGAAAGGACCUGGAUGCUGGCCCAUGUGGCUAG